AUGGACCCGUUGUCGGUCCCUGUAUCGCCUACGGCGCCGGCUCCUGACGUUCCAGAAAGACCAAGCACCGCAGAAAGACCAACUACCGGGUCCGUCACUGUCAUCGAGCUGAACGACGCAGAGUACUGCACACGGGUGUUGCAGCUGCCUUUGGGCAAGUCUGAAGCUGAGGCCGAUGAGGAGCUCCUGGCUAGAGCAAGCGCCGUUGGCAUCACCGCUACUCUGCCAUCAUUGGCCAGCCAAUGUCCUCCCGCUAGCAGCUGGUCGGACUCGUCGUUUGGAACCCCACAGGACCGAUUAUUUUCUAAUAUUUCCAACAAGACCAAUGGAACUGGUGUAUCGACUCAAUCUUCUGCCGUCUGCCCUCCGAGCCCGCUAUUUGAUUCCGAAGGUGGAGAAAGAAGAAGUUCAACAUCAAGCCUGACUUUUGCCCACUAUGAACGCUACAUUUCUACCAUCGACUCUGGUAGCAAUGACGACAAGCCGGCCAAAGAUCCGCUUCCAAUUUACAAUUUCUCUCCUCGAAGGGUCUUCAUACCCUCUCCCAAGAGCAUGGCCAGCGCAGGUUCCAAGAAGAGCAGUUUUCAAGCCAUCAAAGAACGUUUGUUUGGAAGGAGAAAGAAGAAGAAGAAGGUUAUCCAGAUACUACCACCACCGCUACCACCCCCUGUUGUUGAAGUCAGGAUUGUAUGUACCACUUGUCGAGAUAGCUUUGAAGAAAAGUCCAGCGCCCUUCACAAGCUCAAGUGUGGCCACAUCCACUGCGUUGAUUGCGUAAAAACUAUGAUCAAGCAAGCCGUCGAGGAUGAAACCCUCAUGCCACCAAGCUGCUGUUCCUCUCCGCUUACGCCUUCAUUGAUCAGGGCAAUUCUGAACCAAGAUGACCAGGAUACAUUUUUGCUGGCAGUUGUGAAACUCAAUACUCCGGCUGACGAGCAAUUGUUUUGUCCUGACCCUGAUUGUGGCCACUUUAUUCCGCCCCAGGAUGGGUACGAUGUCAGGCACCCAUUUGAUCUCGCCUGCGUCAAAUGCAAUGGUCGUAUGUGCGGCAUAUGCAAAGACAUUGGCCAUGGCCUGGGCGAACAUUGCCCUCUGGACUGGGAGCUGACGUUGUUGAAGAAGAAGCAGCAACAGCAAAAUGACAAGGAGAUUUGGAGGCGAUGCUACCAGUGUAGGAAUCUGGUUAGCACGAGCGAGACAUCCCAAAUCACGACUUGUCUAUGCAAGGCCCAGUUCUGCUCUGUGUGCACGGGUAUUUGGGAUCCCAUCACUGGCUGCCCCAACCUUUGCAGCUUUGAAGAUGAAUUGCAACGGCGGCGGAUCGCAGCGACUCUGUCUUCUAUUAACGAACUGAAGCUACGCUCUAACCCGUCUGUUCAACAGCUGGGGCAGGAACAGCAGCAAGAGCUGCAUCGAUUCAUGAAGUACAAAUUCAAGACCAAAGAUGCGUUGCAGACACGCCACCUGAUGCAAGAGGCCACCUUGGAGGAAAAAUACGAGUUGCAAGAGGAAGCCAUCCAAGCGCGACAUAAGAAGACGUUGAAUUCGAUGGAGGUCCGUCACCUUAAGGCCGAGAUGGAGCUGCAAGACCGUCUGAAUAAAUACGAAGAUACCAUUGGCUAUCGAAUCAAGCACAUGGAAGGCUACUGCAACGGCCUUGGAAGAAACCCGAGCUCGCAGGCAGCAGCCAGGACUGUUACCGAGAAAGAUCUCCGAGAGCUCGGCCACCACUACCAUAUACGAGACACCAUGGAGCAAAUAUGGGCGGGCAAGAUCAACGUCAUGAGAGAGCGGCAAGACAGGCAGCAGGAAGACUGCCGUGUCACACAAGAGAAUGAGCUCGAGACUUUCAUGGAUAAGAGACAGGAAGUUCUCGACAAGAUGGAAGCCGAGUUUCUCCGGGAGGAGACUCACUUCAACGAAGUCUUUGCAGCUCGCCAGCGCCACAUACAGGCCCGAUGGGUCCUCGUCAUUGAGGUGCUGUGCAGAGAGUUUGAACAGCAGAGCCCUAAGCAGGCUUGCCGCCGUGUUUCCAUUCCAAAGUGGCCCGAAGAUAGAGUCUUCAGGACCCGCAACAGCGAAAAGCAGCAAUAA